AUUGUAGACGCAGCAGCGCGUGAACAGGACUUUUAUUUCGGUCUGGUGAUGUGACGUCAUAAGGCAGCGCCGCGCUCCUGCGUCUGAGUUUCAGCUCAAGAAAGAAAAACUCCUGCUGAAGCGACUGAGGUCCACGUUGACACAUUAUGGCGUUUAUUAAAGAUGAGAUUGAAGAUGUGAAGAUUGAAGAAACAUUCAGAGUCAAACAAGAAGAUACCGAAGAACAAACAGACCUGAUGGUGCUGAAAGAGGAGUGUGAAGUGCUGAAUGAAAUGGAAGAGAAAUAUCAAUAUCACAAUCAACAUGAUUUCAUGAAUGGAGAAAAAAAUUGCUCACAGACUAAAAAGGCUUCUGCAAGAAAAAGGGCUCAGAAGACAAGAAGUAGAAGUUAUUUCUCCUGCCAACAGUGUGGAAAGUUUUUCAGUCAAAAACGAAGUAUUAAAAGACACAUGAGAGUUCACUCAGAAGAGAAGCCUUAUGCCUGCCAACACUGUGGAAAGAAUUUUAGUAAAACAUUAGGUCUUAAAAGACACAUGAGAAUUCACAAUGGAGAGAAGCCUUAUGCCUGCCAAAAGUGUGGAAAGCAUUUCAGUCAAAAAGAAACUCUUAAAACACACAUUCGAAUUCACAAUGGAGAGAAGCCUUACACAUGUCCUAAGUGUGGAAAGAGUUUCGCUCAACUUGGAAACCUUGGAGUCCACAUGAGUCUUCACACUGGAGAGAAGCCUUACAAAUGCCAACAGUGUGGAAGAAGUUUCAACCGGAAAGGAAACCUUAAUUGCCACAUGACAAUUCACACUGGAGAGCGUAUUUUCACCUGCCAACAGUGUGGAACAAGUUUCACUCACAAAGGAAGCUUUAACAGACACCUGAGAAUUCACAAUGUAGUGCAGCCUUACACCUGCCAACAGUGUGGAAAGAGUUUUGAUCAACAUGAAAACCUUAAAGUCCAUAUGAGAACUCAUAGAGAAAAACUCUACACAUGUUCUGAGUGUGGAAAGAGUUUCCGUCAAAAACGGCGCUUUGAAGACCACAUGAGAAUUCACUCUGGAGAGCAACCCUACACUUGUCCUCAGUGUGGAAAGAGUUUUUUCAAUUAUAAACAAAACAUUGAAGAGCACAUAAGAAUUCACACUGGAGAGAAGCCUUUCACCUGCCAACAAUGUGGAAAAAGUUUCAACCGAAAAGGAACCCUUAACAGGCACAUGAGAGUUCACACUGGAGAGAAGCCGUUUACAUGUGGUCACUGUGGAAAGAGUUUCAGAUAUAAAGCAGCCCUUAAAUACCACAUGAGUUUUCACAUAUGAAAGACUGUAUUUUAUGUCAUCAGUGUGGAAUUGUGGAAAGUUUCACAGAUGGGAAACAUCUUAAGGCCGGGACACACUAAGCCAACUUCAAAGAACUAGCGGCGACAAAAGCCGACGGUUUUGUCACCUUGCGUCGGACCAAAACGACAGCAAACUAACACGCGCGUUCUGCGCAUGUGUGGGAGGAACGCGCUGUCCAUAUGCUAUCAAUAGUAUAUAUUUGUCAUUCAAAAGAAGAAACCAUUACAAAGAUAUACGAGAUAAAUAUACGAAAUGUAAACUAAGUGUUGCUUGCUUACCAUUUUGAAUAUCGGUAACGUUGAUAACUUUAAUCAUUUUAAACAGCUCAUUUUGUUAAGAAAACAUUUGCGUAUUUGAAUGAUUGGGAAUAAUCAUGUAACAUUUAAAACAGGCU